AUGGGUGACAGGGGAACAAGCAAUCACUCUGAAACGACUGACUUCAUUCUUGUAGGCUUCAGGGUCCGCCUUGAACUCUAUAUUUUUAUUUUCCUGAUGUUUCUACUCAUAUAUGCCAUUAUAAUUUUAGGCAACGUUGGGAUGAUGGCCAUUAUUGCGACUGAUCCCCGGCUGAACACACCAAUGUAUUUCUUCCUAGGCAAUCUCUCCUUUAUUGAUCUCUUUUAUUCAUCUGUUAUUGCACCCAAAGCUAUGACCAACUUCUGGUCUAAGAGCAAGUCCAUCUCCUUUGCAGGCUGUGUGGCGCAGCUUUUUCUCUUUGCGCUCUUCAUUGUGACGGAGGGAUUUCUCCUGGCAGUCAUGGCCUAUGACCGCUUCAUUGCCAUCUGUAACCCUCUCCUCUAUUCUGUUCAGAUGUCAACACGUCUCUGCAUUCAGCUGGUGGCUGGCUCUUAUUUUGGUGGCUGCAUCAGCUCAGUUCUUCAGUCUAGCAUGACAUUUACUUUAUCAUUUUGUGCUUCUCGGGCCGUUGAUCACUUUUACUGUGAUGCUCGACCACUACAAAGAUUAUCUUGUUCUGACAUUUUUAUCCACAAAAUAGUACUGUUUAUUGUCUCUGCUUUCAUUGUCAUCAGCACCACAGUUGUCAUUCUGGUGUCCUAUGCAUACAUCCUCUCCACUGUUCUGAAGAUUCCUUCAACUCAAGGCAGGAGUAAGACCUUCUCUACCUGUAGUUCCCAUAUAGCAGCUGUGAGUUUGUUCUAUGGGACUGUGUUCUUCACAUAUGCUCAGCCUGGGGCCAUGUCCUCACCAGAGCAAAGCAAAAUUGUAUCUGUUUUCUACACACUUAUAAUACCAAUGCUGAAUCCUCUAAUAUACAGUCUGAGAAAUAGAGAUGUGAAAGAUGCUGUGAAAAGAAUAUUAUGUGAGAAAUGCUACUGUCAGUGA